UCUGGGACCGAAGUCGCCCGCCCCACUCACGCGAUGGGCUCCGAGGCGGCCCAGCUGUUGGAGGCUGCUGACUUCGCGGCUCGCAAGCACCAAAGGCAGCGGCGGAAGGACCCCGAAGGGACCCCCUACAUCAAUCACCCUAUCGGUGUGGCUCGUAUCCUGACCCACGAGGCAGGAAUCUCUGACAUUGUGGUGUUACAGGCAGCCCUGCUCCAUGACACGGUGGAGGACACAGACACCACCCUGGAUGAGGUGGAGCUGCACUUUGGGGCACAAGUGCGGCGUCUAGUGGAGGAGGUAACAGAUGACAAGACUCUGCCCAAGCUGGAGAGAAAGCGGCUGCAGGUGGAGCAGGCACCCCACAGCAGCCCCGGGGCUAAACUGGUGAAGCUGGCAGACAAGCUGUACAAUCUGAGGGACCUGAAUCGCUGCACCCCAGAGGGAUGGUCCGAACACCGAGUCCAGGAAUACUUCGAGUGGGCAGCACAGGUGGUGAAGGGGCUUCAGGGGACAAACCAACAGCUGGAAGACGCUCUAAAGCAGCUGUUUAAGGAGCGGGGGCUGACACUCUGAGCAGUACUUGGAGCCAUCCAGUGGCACAGACUCCAUCCUUGCCCAGGCCAGAGAAGAUUCAUACUUCAGCCUUUCGGUGCCUCCCGAGCUUCCUCCUGGUUCACUCAGCCCAGAUAUUAGAGACCAAAUACACGUGUCCUUUCUCACUCUGAAGAUCUGCCAACUAAGCCGAGCCCCAGAUUGUGGGAUGAUGCGCGCCAUCCAUUUCUAAUGCAUUCACUGCCCUUCUUCAGGCCUUGGGUCUGAUUGCAUGGUGGGAUCUCUGGCCCCUCAGGGACUUGGGCUUAUAUAUAAACGCUAGUUCAAAAGUCAUUAUGCAAAAAUAAAACAUUUGGAUAAAGGUU